CGGGCUGCGCCCCAGGGAAGCUGCCGGAGCCCGGAACCCCGGCGCUGAGGGACGAGCCGCCGCCGCCCGCGUUGGGGUCCGGAGCCCCGCUCUCCCCUCAAGGCUUAUCGGAAACUUUUCUCCCCCAGCCGUGCCGCCGCGCUCCCUUAGCGGGGCUACGGGCUGGGCUGGGUCGAGACGGGAAGUUUCUCCCCCGGUCUCCGGGCCGAAGCAACUUGCCCGCACGGUCCCCGAGCAGCCGGCGAGGCCGGAGCCGCGGCUGCCCGGGGGCCGAUACGGGAGAAAAGCGAGGAGGAGCUCGGUUGGCGGGAGGGGGAGAUGAAGCCGGGGCGUGGGGAAGCCGCUCCCUUCUUCUCCUUCCUCCUCCCCCUCCUCCUCUUCCUCCUCCUCCCCUCCCCGGCUGCUCCAGCCUGGCAGCCAGGCGGCCGCUGCCUCCGGCCGGAGCCGCUGCAGUUGGGAAGCGGCCCCGGGCCCCCGCCGGGAUGGGGGCGCCGCUGGCGGCUCCCGGGCUCCUGCUCCUCCUGGCCGGCACGGCGGGGCUCUGCCGGGCUCUCUUCUCCCUCCCGCUCCGCGUGUCCCACCCGGCCGCCCCCGGCGGGUCGCCCCCCGCCCCGGUGGUGCUGCGGCCGGGGAGCAGCAGCAGGCAGCAGGAUCCCCUCGGUGGCGCGGACGGCUUGGCCUUGGCCUCGGAUCCCGGGGGCACCCUCAACUUUUUAGCCAUGGUGGAGAAUCUUCAGGGGGACUCCGGCCGCGGCUACUACCUGGAGAUGCUGAUCGGGACCCCGCCGCAGGCGUUAAAUAUUCUGGUUGACACUGGGAGCAGUAAUUUUGCUGUAGCGGGUGUGCCUGAUCCUGAUGUCACCUCCUACUUCAAUACCGCGCUGUCAAGUACAUACAAAUCUGAAGGGAUUGAUGUCACAGUUAAGUACAGUCAAGGAAGCUGGACUGGAGUGCUGGGUACAGAUGUCAUUACUAUCCCAAAAGGAAUCUAUGGCAGCUACACCAUCAACAUUGCUACCAUUCUUGAAUCAGAGAAUUUCUUCUUACCAGGGGUUAAAUGGCAUGGGAUUCUUGGUCUUGCCUACGAUGCGUUAGCCAAGCCUUCAAGUUCUGUGGAGACGUUCUUUGAUUCUCUUGUGAGGCAGGCAAAGAUCCCCAACAUUUUCUCCUUGCAGAUGUGUGGUGCUGGACUCCCUGUUUCUGGAAGUGGUACCAACGGAGGUAGUCUUGUUCUGGGUGGAAUUGAACCAAGUCUGUACAGAGGUGAUAUCUGGUACACACCCAUCAAAGAGGAGUGGUAUUACCAGGUUGAAAUUCUCAAACUGGAGGUCGGAGGACAUAGCCUCGAAUUGGACUGCAGAGAGUAUAAUGCCGAUAAAGCGAUAGUAGACAGCGGAACCACGCUCCUCCGUCUGCCCCAGAAAGUCUUCAGUGCUGUUGUGGAAGCAAUAGCUCGCACAUCCCUGAUACAAGAAUUCUCUUCUGGUUUCUGGACAGGUUCACAGCUUGCUUGCUGGGAUAAAACUGAAAGGCCCUGGUCCUUAUUUCCUAAAAUCUCCAUUUACCUGAGGGAUGAAAACUCCAGCAGGUCAUUUCGGAUCUCUGUCCUACCACAGCUUUAUAUUCAACCCAUCCUUGGAAUAGGAGAGAAUUUACAGUGCUACCGAUUUGGCAUCUCUUCCUCUACAAAUGCUCUAGUUAUUGGUGCUACAGUCAUGGAAGGCUUCUAUGUAAUAUUUGACAGAGCCCAGAGGAGAGUGGGCUUUGCAGUGAGUCCGUGUGCAGAAGUUGAUGGCUCUCCAGUAUCUGAGAUUGAAGGCCCUUUCACAACAGCAGACGUUGCAAGCAACUGUGUUUCUAGCGUUUCUUUCCAUGAACCAGUGUUGUGGAUUGCCUCCUAUGCUCUCAUGAGCUUGUGUGGAAUUAUCCUCCUUGUACUGAUCAUUCUACUGCUUAUUCCACCACGGUGUCAGCAUCGCUACAGUGACAAUGACGUAGUCAAUGAUGAAUCCUCUCUAGUGCAUCAUCGAUGGAAAUGAGAAACUUGAUCAUGAAACCUGGGACUUAGAAUGAAGAACAAAGUACUUUGCCAAGGGGAAGAAGCCAAUGCCUCAGUCCUUUCUAUGUGCAUUACAAAUUGCUGUUGAAAUCCCGCCAAAUAUCCUGCAUCAUAACUUUUUAAGCUUUAUUUUCUAACACUGAUUCUGAACCAAAGCACUGUUAACCACCUCUUAAGUGCUAUGGUACUGGAUUUACUACUGCAGUACAAUGAGCCUUUACGCUCUCAAUAGUACCUUCUCUUAAAGGGGAGGGGGAAAAAAAAAAAAAAGAGGAAGGAAAAAAAAAAAAGGAACAAAACACACCAUGACACCAUGAUGUUCUUCCACUGUCUGAACAAAAUUGUCCAUCCCUCUUUCACAAAAAAAAAGGAGCUGUCAGUAUUUUCUAACUAAUCAAUCCCUGACUGUAGAAAAAGGGGGUAAAAAACUUAGUAACCUUUCUUAUUAAUUACAUUAAAUGAAUACUGCUUUCUGUUUACAUCAGAUCAUUUUGAAACUGCUUAUGGUGCGAGGGAGGGAGAAAGGUCAGACUUAAGCAGCAGAGAAAAGCAGUUGAGGUCAAGAAGAAAUGCUUAAUCCUCAAGAUGACUGCUGCCAAUUGAGAGGGUCAUUCUUCCCAAGUGUCAUUACAAAAUAGUUUGAGGAGGUGAAAACUGGGAAACAAACUUGUCCAGCCUUAGUGUAAAACAAUACUACCUCUCUUAAUUUACAAGGUUGAUACCACUGGUAAGCAUGUGGUUCAGAACUGGUCUUGAAGCACAAGACUCUCUGAACAACCAAAUGCAACUCCUUAGCUUCAAAGCAGUGGAUUUUAUAAAACUUAAUGAAUUUCCACUUUGGUGUGCAAAAAAAACUCUUUCAGUUUUCCCUCUAAUGGGUUUUGUGGGGUUUGUUGGGUUUUUUUGAGUUGAGGAUGACUGAUAGUUAGAAAAGGCUGGUCUGCCUGUAUAUGGACAGAUGAUAAAGCUAAGGUCCAUGUUCUGCCACGUCUUUUCGUAUUUCUAGUGAACAUGUAACAAAAAGGAAACAAAAAAAUAAAACAGACAACGCUUUUUUUUUUUUUUGGCUGAGCUCAGCAACAUAGAAGUUCAAGGGAAAAAUAUCUGUCUUCAUGGACAGACUGUGAAGUGAAAGUCUUAAUGCUGGCUUGUUUUUCAACUUGAACAGCAGUUGGAGGUAUUUAGUUUAGCUUCACUGGUGUGUCAAUCAAAUGAAAAGUCUGUGUACUGACUGGCUGAAAACAAACAUGUGGUAAGACUGCAAACAACAGUAAGAGAGAGCUGGGAAGAAUAUAUUUGGCCAGACCUCUAUUGUGCAAGCGUAGAUCUUAAUGCUGAGGUCAGAACAUGGUAUUUUCUUUUCAGAUAGGGCAAUUUUUCUUGUAUCUAGUCAGUGAGCGUUGCAGGACCUCUAUCACUUUUCCAUAACACUGGCGUAGUGGAUUUGAGAGAUAAACAAUGCAAGUUUGAGGAGUCUAGUGAUAACUAUUAGUUACCCCUUUUUUUUUUUUUUUUUUUUUUAAGAAGAAGGAAAAAAAAAUUUCCUUUGCAUUUCGAUAGCAGAACAGUUUGUGAAUCUGUGUGGGAAAAAAGGAGGAAAAAAAAAAAAAAAAGGAAGCUUAGCUCUGAAUCUCCCAAUCCCUUGCUUAAGAAAUUUUCUGCCUAUAAUCCCUUCAUAUAGCUUUCUGAUUCACACUGCCUCUGCAUCUGACUCUGCAUGAAAUAAGCAAAGAUAUUUUUUUCAGAAAUGGUGCUUUUACAGAGGUGCACAUAAUGUGUGUGAAAAUAAAGCACUGCUGGAUUUUUUUUUAAGCUAACUUGUGUAUUUCACUUCAUAACUGGAAGUGCCUGUGGUUUUCUUUCUUUUUUAAUUCUAGCACUUUCAGGUUGCUUGGCUGAAUAGAGGAAAAUAAUUGGUGUUGUGACCCAAUGUCUGAAAAUUAUUUCUCUUGGAAGCAGGGGUUCAAAAUAGGAGGAAAUUUUGAGUUUGCCUCCUUCUUUCUCUGCCUCUUAGUUUUUAAGAGGAGAAAAAUGAUGAAUUAUAAGGAAUGUAAGAAGCUAUAGAGCUUAGGUGUUUUCUCAGUAUUCUAUUUUCCAUACAUCUCUUUCUUAAUGCCUUAAAAUUAGAUUUUUAAGUACAUGUUAUAACAAGAAGUUCCCUUGAGUUUUUCUUAAAAUAAUAGACUUUGUUCUGAAAAGAUAGUGUGAUGUUUCCAGUUUUGUGAUUCAAUUCCAUAACAUCCUCCUGAGUUUGGUUUUACACAUAACAAAUAAUUUCAAAGUUGUAUUCCUUCUUCUACAGUAUGGUAAUAUAAGUAAUGCUUCUGUCACCUAUUUCAAACAGAAACACAGUAUGAAUGUUUGGAUUGAUACAGCAGUAAACAAUGAGCCUUUUUUCAAUUCAGGAAGUACUAACACUUGUAUGCUCUUAAAAUAUUUCUUAGCUGCUUCCCUCUCCCUAGCCCAUCCUAUCUCCUUAACACACAAGAGUUUCAGGAGGAAAUUUAUUGGGAAAGGUUCCUAGUAUGUUUUCUAAUGACAUGUGAGAUUUCUUCCGAGCCGCCUGACGAAGUCUUUUUAGUGUGCUAGAUUUCAUAUAAAAGCCUUUCAGUUUUACUUUUUCACUUUGAAUGUCAUUGGUCAAGACAUUUUAAUAGAAACACUUGAAUUACAAGAGCAAUAAUCAAGUAGCACAAAUGAAAUUGUAAUAUAUUCUUGAGUUUUCAUGGCAUCCCUUGCCACUAAAAUUUGGCUUAUAGUAAAAAUGCUGUUAGCGACAUCUGCUAGCAGCACAAACUUCAUCUCAGCUUGUAAAUUGAUACUUACACUGGCAGAUAUGCAGGUGAGUAUUGCUUUGUUGCUCUGGUAACAAGAAGAGCAAUAGAAACCCUUGAGGGUUCAUUUUUAGCCUAUAGCACAUUAAGAAAAGUAAUGCUCUUGAGCAUUUUUCUAUGAAAGAUGAAAUAGUGACAGACUACAGUGUUACCAAGUGUGUCUAACUGGUGAUCUUUUUUCCUGCUUUUUGGUGGUGGUGGGUUUUUUUGUUUUUUUUUUUUUUUAAAGGGGAGUGCUGUGAGGCAUUUUAUGCUCCUGUUAACUAACUUCAGAUAUAAGAUUAAACCGUAUCUUAAAAAAAAGGGGGCAAAAGACUGGAGCUUUGGUGCUGGAAAAUAUUCUGUGUUUAUUAUGGAAGACAGGAUGCUCCAAAUCACAGCACUCCAAAUCAUUCAUUGUACACGCAUCAAUAUUUUUUGCAGAACUAGCGUUCUCAUAAGGUGAAUGUAAUAUCAUGUACCAUGAAAAUGUCAGAAAGCCAAGUUUCAUUGGAUGCAACCUUUUAGAUAAUUGAUGCUAUCAGUGUGAUCAUUAGGGACUUGAAGAUGUGUGAUUUGAGUUCAAGUAGUUAAACCUGAGUUCAGGCAUGUGAAUAUGUUAGUUCUAUCCCACUGCCUUCACAAGUUUUAGAAAUAUUAUCAUGGGCUUUUUGACUCAAUUUAAAUGCAGAAGAAAGUAGAUGAAGUAUUUUACUAUACUUUUUUUUUCAGGUUCUGUAAAAGAAGGUAGCGGGGAUUGUUCUGUUUUUAAGGUGAAAGAGCUUGCAUUUAGGAUUUGUAUGUUGAAUCAACCUAAAUACAGUAUAUCAAGGCAGUGUACCAUUCCAGUUCUCAGCUUUGACGUUGUGCAGGUUAACUAGUGGUAGUAAUGGAGAGAUGGGGUUUGGUAUCUCUUGCUAGCAUAUCAGUUCCUUAACAACAGUUAACUCUUCAUCAGAUAAAGUCAACCUAUGAGUGUCCUGUCCAGUUAACUGGCUGUGUAUCGGCUGGAAAUGCUUCAUGGAAUGACGAGCCAUUUGUAUACCAACCUUUUCAUUUUAAAUAUGAAAAGGCUUAUGAGAGUUGCUUAACACAGCAUAUUUUCAUAAAGAGAAAGUGGUCUUUAAACUUUCUGAUAGUCCAGAAUGAUUGUGAUGCUGAAAGCUUCUUUGAUUUCUGUAGAGGUUUCCAACAACUAGGCUAGUUCGUUGUCAUAUUCUGAUCUUAGUCAUUGACCUAAUAUACGUAAGUAGUAAUAUGAAUUGCACAAUGAAGGGGGCUGGUAAAAUGACCUGUGGAGGUGAAAGUAGAGGAAAUUAUAGAAAGAGAAAUAAGUCAGCUACCAUUCACUUCAUUAAAAAUUGUAAGAGCAUAGUGGAUUGAUCCUUUUAAGAAAGGUCUGUACAAUUUACCAAGACAUUAGUUUCUGUCAAAAUUUACUCUCGGAUUGAUAAAUUGUUCAUUUCUGGCUGCUGAAGUUCUUGCUGCUGUUCAGAGAAGCAAAGACAGAUUGGUAAUGGGAUACGAGCAAUCUUCUGAGCCAGUCAGAUUUCCUGGCUUCUGGGGCCUAAUUAGACAUAAGGCCAGGCUUGUGAGUAAUCCAGAGUCCUGGAAAUGGCUCCUCAGGAAUAUUAUCUGAAAUAUAAUUGUUGGCUUCAGCUGAACCCCUGGAUGAGAUGGAUCCAUACUGCAAAAGCCACUGCUACAACCUGCACUAACUGACAAGUGGGGCUAUGACGAGUGAUGGGCUGAAGCUAGCUGGUGGUGUGAAAUGUGGAGAUGCUAAAUAAUUGAGUCUUCUACCAGGCUUCCAGAUCAAGGCUGAGGCUCCUUGGUAGAGCAGGGUGGGAGAGCAGCUGAAGUUGCUGACAAGCUGCUGUGAGUGUAAAGUCAGUCAGUCACCUGGCUGCUUUGGUAAGCGUUCACUUGUCUCAAUUUUUUGAAAGCCAGUGUGCUCUAAGGUGCCUAUUGCUGAUACUGGGCAUUAUCCACUCACAGGUGAGUAAGGGGCACAAUCAUCUUUAGGUACAAUCAUUGGCCAGUUACUGAAUAUUCCCCUCUCCAUAUAACAAAGUGCACAGUGCUAUGUCUCACCCCUAGCAAUAGUCUAUAAGCAACGAAACAGGUUAUUUUAAAACAUGCUGACAUCAGUGACUGUACAGUAGUAAUAUAGGAAUAUUGUGUGUUUGCUUUUUUUUUUUUUUUUUUCCUUUUCAUUGUAUCUAGGCUUUGGCUGGAUCUUUGUGGUCAGGUAUUUUUUUAAAUAUUGGGAAUUUUAGAUUAGACUACAAAGGCACAUGCAGAAUUUCUUUUAAGCUAGCAAAAAAGUAAAACACAGAAGGUAAUUUUCAGCAUUUAAAAGGCAAUACCCCUCAACAGCUGUUCUCUCUUUUUUUUUUAAUGAAUGAUAAUCACUUUAAAUCAAUGUAUUUUAGUAUAGCUGCCGUCCUACUAAUUCACUGGUUGUAAAUCUCAUUUUUCUGAUCGGCUUCUGGCUCCCUCAUCCCCAGCCCCCCCACCACCAAAAAAAAAAGUUCCUAAAAGCUGAAAGCCUCUAUAUCAAAAAUUAAGCCUUCUAACAAAAGAUAUUUUUCUUUGUGACCAUUCACAGACUUGUUUUAAAGUAGUUUGUAAGGCUUUAGAAAUUAACUCUAGGUUGAAAAUACUUGCAUUAGCAUUAGGAGGAGUAUUAGAGCCAAAACUUCAUCUAUGUCAGUGGUCCCUGAAUUUGUGUGCAAAGAAGUCCUUUGUACAUCUGAUGACACUUCCUAGACCUCUUUCACUUCCCACUUGGAAGUACUUAACCACUUGGUCUUCCUCACUGGUCCUGUACAUUCUCCUUUUUCUCUGUCCUUAUGAAAUACAGGGGUGGAGAGGAGGACCACAAGGAGCUGUGAGAGUUAGUGCCAUUCCUUAAGCAGAUGACAGCCCCUUCCUUGAAGGCCUUGCCGUGUCUUGUCCUACCACCAGCUGCAAUGGACCCUUACAGUUUGUCGGCUGUUCUUGCUGACUGAGACACCUCUGCUUUUUCCAGUUGAGCAACUCAGCCUGCAAUGUGUACUUAGGCAAAAUACUUGAAUAAACUACAUUGUUUGUAACCGUUUUCUCAUCACAUCCCUCUUUGAAGAGGGCAAUUUUCACAGAGCCAUGUCAAACCUAUGAAGGGUAUGUUUAUUCCUGUGUUGUUAGGGAGGAAUUAUGUAGCUGAAUGUUUAAAUGGCCGUAUUUGCAACAUCGCUGUCAUUUGGAAAAUUCUGGGGAAAAAAUGGACACAAAAGUCAUGUUGGAAAAUUCUGGGGGAAAAAAUGAACUCAAGAAAGUCAUGUUGAAGUGGUACUGAAAAGACAACGGACAAUUUCUUGAUAGCACCAAGGCAUGGAUUACUGCAAUAUGUCCUGGAAAAAAUUGCUUUGCUAGCCAAUACUCUGUGUGUGCAUAAACUAUACAAAGUUGAGUGUUUAAAUAAGAUUUAUCUGAAACAGGCAGUUCACAUUUUUUAUUGAAAGUUUUAUAUGGAGAUGCAGAAGUCUUUUAAGACUUCACCACUACAUCCACUGUUACUUGAUAAUUAUUUAGGAAGUGUGGAAAGGAUUUCACCUUUAAGGAAAUGAUUCCAUCUUGUAGAGGCAUUUCUUCACCUGAUUUUUUUUUUUUUUUAAUAGAAAAUGUUUUUAACAUUGACUGAAAGGAAAAUGAGAUCAAAACUUUGGAAAAAGGGGUAUAGUCUUUUUAAUUCAGUCUUCAGGUGAUGUUAGGAUAUCUACCCCACUUACUGAAUUUUUCAAAAAUUGAUACUUUGUACUUUCAGGUCUUGCCAUUUUCAGAUAAAUACUGUGUAAAAAAAAUCAAAUUUUAUGCUGCUUAAAAUAAAUAAUUCUUUCAACAUA